AUGGAAAUCUCCAUCGACGUCUUCGUUUUCCUGCUCUAUACCCUGGUUGUUAUCUAUCUGCAGCAUUUUGUAAACAAGUACACGGAGUUCGUGCGCAGCCUGUAAAUGCUGGGCCUGCAAUCAUACGGCAGCUCCUCAGAGGGCGAGUCCGACCAUGAGGAAGCUACUACCGCGGAAGC